UAUUGCGUUUGAACGAGAACAUCUCGGUACCGACACCCUACCGCCACACCAGACCCGACGAGUUUAAAUUUUCUUCAUCUCAACUGUGAUACCGACUGCGAGUCUGCGACACAGGAAGGAAAGAGGUGUCUUCCAGUUUUUCCAGGAUAGCACCACAGAGAAAAAGCUAGAGCUACAAUGCAUCUAAUAAGUGGAUUCCCUGCCCUGCUUUUAAUUUGUGUGUUUUCCGAUGCAGCGGGGCAGGAUUUUAUGGGUUCUCUCAAUGCUCUUGUUGAUAAAGAAGAUCUGACUUCUCUCUCCCAAAGUAUGGAAUCUGCCAUGGAUUCUGUUGGAGGACUUUUGCAAAAUCCGGACAUGCCAGGUUUUGAUGAGGGAAUGAAAGAUGUGAUGUCCAUGAUUGAUAGCUCUGCAGCUUCCAAUAUGCAGUUUGAUAAGUUGCAAGAAUUUGCAGGACAAAUUCCCAUGGACAUUGAACAACAUAUGCAGGGAGCAGUGUCCGCCUUGGGCCCAAUGUCUUGUCUAGUGGGCAAUUUCGACUCAGAUCCAGAAAUAAUGGGGCUAUUGAUGGGAGGAUUGACUGGAGCAAUGUUUGGGGAAGCCAUGGGUGAAGAUGCUUCAAGUUCAAGUUACGACAUGAAAGAUCCGUUCGCUGAGAUGGGGGCACUGGCUGGAGUCAUGGGAGCAGCUGCUGGAGGUUUUAUGCCAGAUGGAGCUGACUUUGACCCAGGAAAGUUUAAAGAGAUGAUGCCAGAUCCAGGGAUGAUGGAAGACAUAUGGAAGGAUGCCCAAAAUCAAGGAUCUCAACUCCUGAACCAGUUACCUGAAGAUUUUUCGAUGGAUAAGUUGGAAAACUUAAUGCAAGAAUCUUCUGGUAGUUUGAAUAAUUUAGUUAAAGAUUUUGGAAGAAUUGCUUCAUCAAUGAAUAAAGAAAUCGCAAAAGAUUCUAGUAAAAAAGGCCGACUAGCAGGGAAUGGAAUUGACCAUAUUCCUGGUGUGAAUAACAGAAUUCAGAGAAAAGCUACUGGUAUGAUAACUUCAUCAGCUAUUAUUGCUGGAGCUAUUGGAGAUUCUGUGAGACGUUCACAAGGAAGAAAAGUUACCUUUUUAAGUAAAAAAGAUCAAAAACCGAAGAUUGAAUUUGUUUUAAAAAAAUUGGCUCCAAUUCUUACAAAAUGGAAGAAAAUGGGACAAACUGAAAGAGGAGGAGAUGGAGGACCGUCAUUGUCAUUAUACUCCCGAGGAAGGUUGCAGAAAUUGGCUUUAGACUUGGCUUUAUCCGUUGGACAUUUUGGAGGACAUAUCAAGAGUAUUUACGAUUUUAAAGUCAUUACUUCGACUAUGACAAGGGGUGUUUUCGCACCGAAUGUAAAAGGAAAAACAUUCGAUGUUAGUCCAGUGACUAUCAAGAAAAAGUCUAGCUCAAUGACAACUGGAAGAAAAGGGAGAAUGAGUUAUAAAAGAAUGAUGAAGUCAAGAAAAGUACAAAGUCAGAUGGAAAAUUGCAUGGGAGGAGUUAUGCCAAUAAUUUCUGAAAUUAAACGGUUGAGCAAGAUGAUGAUGCCUCAGAUGAAAAUACUCGAUUGGGACCCACCUUUCCAUACUAAGGUAAAUGAAUCUUGGUCUAAAAUUGGAUUACCGAAGUUUGUAGCUGGAAAUGCCUUCAAUGAAAAAUGGGAUUUCGAGGGAGAAGGAAUUAAAUUUGAUCUUCCGAAUGGCUUAUCCGCAUCCGACUUUUCAACUAGCUUUGUUCCCAAUCUUCUGGAGGAUCCUGUUAUGGUCGAUUUCAUUAGCUAUGCCAGUAGAACAGGAAACACAAAGGUGAUCGACUAUCUGAAAGGAUCCGCUAACAAUGUUGACUUGGCUGUUGGAACGUUACGAGCACUACCUAUGCAAGUACUUGAAAAUUUGCAGAACAAAGAUGGAUUCACAGAUGACAAUAUGUUAGAUGUAUUAGAGAAUGGAAGGCCAAAAUCUGAUUAUACAAAGUUUGCUGCUUUCAUUGAAGGUUUAUCAAAUCAAUAUAUACAACCAUUGAUAACUAAAGCUAAAGAAAGAUAUUCGGCUGGCACAUUCACAAUGAAUCCUUGGAUGGCAGAAAUAAUAAACAAGGAUAUAUCUCGUCGUACAUACAACAGUGAUUUUCAAAGCCUUAUCUCAAACCUAAACACACCUGGUGCAUUAGUUGAGUGGAUGUGUCCUGCAGGAAUAUUUGACUAUGUGCUGGAUGAAUUCAAAGAUUCAAUUCUUGAUGCUGCUGCUGAGAUUUCAGAAUGCAUAUCGUCAUCAUUAGGUCGCUUCUCGAAAAAUUCAAAAUCAUUGAUGAAACUAAGAAGAAUAUUGCAAGAAAAAUAUGCAGAUGGAAUUACCCCAUCUGAUGCUUCUCGUGCAGGAUAUUUGAUCAAUUUUCUUCCACAUUCCGCUUUCCAGAGAUUUAGUCAAAGUAAUGCAACGAAUUUGACUUCAACACAUGCUGAUAAUUUUCUUCCAAUUUUACCAGGAUUUAAAACAGUGGCUGAUUCUCUGGCUGCUGUUGCAACAAUUUAUUACACAGAAGUAAACAAUACAGAUAUAAUUAGAAAGUUGGGUCCAGUUUCAUGUGCUUUGCGUAGAUAUACAGCACAAGGAGAAGUUGUACAUAUUUCGGAUGAUAGCAUAACUGUGAUCAGAGAUACUUGUGAUCCCACAAUGAAGCGAAUGAGAGAAUUAAAAUCUGAAAUGGCAAAAACAUGCAUGCGAAACAGAGGAUGUCGACUCUUUGAUGAAGGUUUGGACAGGAUUAAGGGUUAUGGAGGUAGACACAAAAAAGAUAAAGGAAAAUUAGUCAACCUACGUGAUGAAUUUAAAAACAUUUUAUCAAAAACAUCAAAUGAAAUGAUUCAAGAAUUUGGUAAAUUUGGAGAUGUUGAUGAUUUAACGAGACAUCAGAAAAAAGAAGCAGUAAGAAAGAUCCUGGGAGAUGGAAUUGAUUCCUACACUUCACUCAUGUCUAUUGGAGGCCUGGCAAGUGAACUACCAGCAGAUUUUUUCAAGGAUUUAUCAUGGGGAAAUUUAACAAAUUUUGUCACAGAACGUCCAAGAGCUGUGCAAAAAAUGCAUUCUAUAAAUAGAGUUGCAAUUGCUGACAAGCUUUCCGGGAAUUUUGCUGGAUUUUUGGAGAAUACUGGCCGGUUGAAAUCACUCACUUCAACAAUUCCAAGUUACAAGUUGGAUGGAAUAAAUAUUGAUGCCAAUGAAACGUUUCGGAACACAAUCACAUCUGUGAAUUGGAAGCGAGAUCAAGCUUUUCGACUUCUUGGAAGUUCAAGAUCUGUAACAUUGAAUGAUGUGAGAAAAAUGGGGAAACUAGCAGUAAGUUUAACUUGUCAUGAUGUUAGAAGGAUGAGAUUGGGAUCUAUGAUAUUGAUUGCUAACGCUCUUGAAAAUCAAAUUGGAAGAUCAAUUCCCUCUGACCUGGCUGAAUGUGUUGCUCUUAAAAUAUUUCUUCAUCUGCAAAGUAAAUAUAAAAAAAAUCCUGAGAGGAUAUCACAUAUCAUGUCCACUGAGAUACCACCUAUUUUUGCAGUUUUUUUCCCUUCGGAAACGGUACGUGGGAUUCGUGAUUGUAAAUAUUUUUACAAUCGUGUUUCGAGUCAACUUGACAAAUUACUGCCUCAUGCUGCCGGUAGAAUUUUAUUAGAGGACCUUGCUAUAGAAGCUUUUAAUUGCAUGUCAAGACAAUAUCAUGGACCCCCGCCAGAAUUUGAUAUGAAUUUUGGAGGAAAUGAGGAUUUCUUUUCUGGUGAUAUGCAGACAAUGUCUAAUUAUAAUAGUACAAGUAGCUUUGAGCUUGCAAGAAUGAUCGAUACCUCAUAUACCGGGCAAUCUGAGGUUUAUGACGAUGAAAGAAUGAUGUUCAUGAAAGAUAUGAUGAAUCAAUUACCUGGAGAUAACUUUAAAUUGAUGGGAAAGCUUUUGUGCAUGAUAACACCUAUUCAAGUUAGAUAUCUGGACCCAUCAGAAUUCUCUGAGCUGUUGAUUCAAAUGCAGUCUUGCUUAAAUUAUGUCAAACAAAGAACACUGGAAGAAAUUCAUACAAAAAUAUUGAAUGAAUUUGGUCAGGCAGAAAAUUGGGAUACAGAGACGCUACAGACUUUAGGACCUUUUGUGUCAACGUUCUCAAAAUCUACACUGAAUAGUAUACCAAAGGACACUUUCAUAUCUGCAUAUGAUUAUAUGAUUCCACCCCCAGAGAGGAAACGAAAUGUUGAAGAUAAAACAAGUGAUAUGAUUGAUGUUGCUUCUCUUUUCAAGUUUGAAGGUAUGAUGGGCGAGGAGAAAGACAACGGACCUCCUGUCUUCAAUACAUCAUGGACUCCUUUCAAACGACAAGACUUUUUUGAAACUGCAGUGCAAGCUGUGUGGAGUUUGGAUUCUCCAACUUUGGAUGAUUUGGAACUUCUUGGACCGGGUGCAUUACCUUAUAUUGCAUUCGACUUGGUGUCUUCUGAUCUGUUGAUGUCAGCUCUUGGCUUGUAUGGUAGGAUGAACAAAAAAUUAUCCUCGUCCAGUGAAGAUGCCUUGAAAGAAAAGAUAACUUCUUAUGCAUCCACGAAUGGUAUCUCCAAGUAUUCUGAUGAUCUACUCCAACAAAUGGGAAGAUUAGCUCCGAUAUUCACUGGAACUGAAAUCGAAAAUAAAUUUGAAAUCACAAAACUGGAAACACUUGCCGUGUUAGGACGUGCAGAUUGGAAAGAUGCAACACAAGUUACUGCAGUAUUGGAAAUGUACCUUGGUGACCGAAAUAUUGGAGAUCUCAGUGGAGUUGAGUUGGUUGCCAUCGGAAACAUGCAUUGUUUAUUGGAUAUUUUCAAAGUGGAUGAAUUUACUGCAGAAUCUCUCAAGUUUGCAUUGAGAGAAAUUGGGAAAUUACGUUGUUUUUCUCGAACUAAAAUUGAUUUAUACAAAUCGAAGUUUGACAAAAUAUUCAAUGGUAUUGAUGGUUCUGUUCUGCAAGAGAUGGGUAUUUUAGCAGCGGGUUUCACUGCGAAUGAAUUUGUUAAGUUUGGUAAACCCAAUUCAGAUGGAGUUAUUUCACCUUAUGAUAAAGAUGUCAAUCUUAUUCCCCAUCAAGCUCUUGAAGUUAUUCCAGCUUCCCGUAUUAUUUCUGGGUUUGAUGAUGAACAAUAUGCUCGACUCGGCACAGUGAAUGCAGGAACAUUAUUACAAAGACAAGAUAUUUUUAACACUUUAAGCAACAGAACUAAGAAUGCCAUAUUUGCAGCUUCGUUUGGGCUAAAUGCUGGUGUCUAUGCUGGAUUUAUUCACUUUUCAAGAAGUUUUGAUGAAUCAGCAAUGAUGGACAUUCAGCAACAGAUGGAAGAGAUGAUGAAAAAGUUGCAAAUGUCUCUUGCCAUGGGAGGUGGAAUGCCAAGUAAGAGUCCAUUCAGAAAACCUAAACCAGCAAAGACAAAACCAUCACAAGCAUUUGGAUUGAAAGAUGUUUCAGAGGCUAAACGUCCAGAACCACCACCAUUGGCUGGAGGAUUGACGAAAAAGGAUCUUGAUACUUUUGAUAAAAGAUUUUUGAAUGAUCGUGUAGUCGUUGAAAUGAUAAACUCUGCUGCAGCUGAUAAUUCAAAAAUCCUUGAAGUAAUGAAAGGUGACAGUUCAUUGAAUGAUAUUUCUGAUGAAGAUAUUGGCAAAGUUCCUCUCAAGUUAUUACAAGGGCUUAAAAAAGAUGCAAUUCAACAAAUGUCAUCAGAAAAACUCGCGAUAUUACUUGAUUCUGAUCAAGUUUCUAAAGAUCCAAAAAGUCUUUCAAGAACAUUAAAUAAACUUACCAUGGAACAAUUUAAAGAGGCUCUUGAAAUUAUGACAGAAAAAAUGAAUAGUUCUGAUGGAACCUGGAGACCCCCUAUUAGUACCCAAGAAGCAGUGAGCGCCAAGUUUUUCAAGUUUGAUUUUAAUGGUCCAGAAGACGCUUUGAAAUCCUUCCUUGAUUGCAUGUGUCCAUUUUCUGCUGGAAUUCCACCUCGUCGUAUCAUAGAUAUUCCGCAAGAUGUAAACUACAUCGGCCCAGUAAUUGAUUGUAUGGACCUUUCAUACAAAGAUCUUGAUAAAGCUCACAGAAAACAAAUGAUCAACUGGAUCAACACUAUGUGGAAGAAAGAAGAUAUAACAGUUGAUAAGGCGAUCACGUUGAAAAAUUUUCUUCUUGAUUUACCACUUGGUCGUUUGCAAAGUGCAUUCACCAUGUCAGAUAUUAAUACAUUUGUAUUGAGUGGAGCUUUGUUGCGACUGGAUACUUCACAUAUCAAAUUUUCACAAGUUGCAAAAUUCAUCGUCAAAUCUACUACGAAAGAGGAUGUAUCAAAAUUUAGUGAUGAUGCAUUCAUGCAGAAAUUGGGAAGAGCAAAAUGUGAAAUCAGAUUAAAACGUGUAAAAAAGGCUAUGGAUUCCGCAAGCUUAAAAAUUUUGUUUGAUUACACAAUGAAGCAUUGUAAAAACCACAAAGAAGAAUUGGAAGAUUCAAUAAAAGAGUGUACUGGUGACGCUGCAUUGCGACUAAAAAGAUGUGCCUUACUAGAAGACGAAAUUAAAAAAGGAAAGAAAGAAAAACAACAACGAGCCACUGCUACUACCAUCACAUCAACUAAACCUAAGAAAGCAGAAAUGAAGAGAAUGAAUAUCAAAGAACUAGAGAUGAUGAAAGACGUUGUAGAUGUUUAUCUUGGAGAUAAAGAUUUAACAACAUUGAAAGCUAGUGAUGUUCGAGAAGUUGCUGGUGCUAUUGGUGCUCUUAAACCUCGAGAUAUUGACAAAAUUCCUGAACAAGCUAUUUUAGAUAACAUAGAUGUUUUGAAAAAUAAUACUAAACUGACUAAAAGACAGAAACGUAAAAUUUUUGAGAAAAUAAAGUCAGCUGGGUUUGAACUGACAGAUUCAAAUUCUUUGACAAACUUAGGAGAAUUAGUAUCAAGUGUCCCACCUAAAGAAUUCAAGAAAUUGUCAGUUGAGGGAUUAAAAGAAAGUCUGGGUGAACUCAGAAAACAUUCCGAUUCUUUAUCUUCUGCCCAGAAGAGAGCAAUUGUGGAUAAGCUUAAUACAGGAGGAGUUGCUGAUAUCAUGAAUGCAGAUCUUGGUGAUUUAGUCACUGAAAUACCACUCAGUGAUUUAGAUAGCCUUGAUAGUAUAGAAAUUGAAAAAAUAAAGGACAAACCAUGGAGACGUGGACAGGCUGCAAAUCUUGUUAAAAAAUUCAGGGAAAAAAGUGGUUUGACUGGUGCACUGACAGUAGAGGACAUCAGAACAAUGGGCAAAGCAUCACUGGGAGUCACAUGUAUGGAUGUUAUGAAAAUGUUAGAUGAUGUAGUUUAUGAUGGAGCAAAGGCAUUAGAUGAGGAAACAGAAGGAACAUUAUCAUUAGAUAUGGAAGAAUGUAUUUCAACAAAACUUCAUUAUGCACUUCAAGUAAUGAACGGUAUAGACUAUAUUGCAAAUAGUACUGACCCAGAACUAUCAUCUACAUUGUCUUUUAUACCAGAAGAUGUUGCAAUGAUGAUGCCCACCAAUGAAUUGGAAAGAAUACCUUUAACGGCAUGUCAAAGUAUUAUGGAAAAUAUAGGAAGUGCUGAACUAGAUACUCUACCUGGUACUACUGGUGAUAUAAAAAGACAAGAGCUUGCAAAUAUAUCACUUAAUUGUGUGCAAGAAAAGAGCUUUGAUCCAUCUGCUUUGGGAGAAAGUGAAGUAUUAACCCUAGGAAAAUUAAUAUGUGAUAUGGACAUUGUUGAAUGGAGGAAAUUCUCUGAUGAUGGCUUCAAUGCUGGACUGCCAACAUUACGUGAUUGUUUUCAUAGAUUAGAUGAUUCACAUUUAACAUACAUUGAAUCCUUCAUCAUUGGGAGAUAUGGAGGAGAUUCGUCACAGUGGGGAGAAGAUGUUUUUACCACUCUUGGCCCUCUUAUAUCUACCCUUGCUAAAACAAUAAUCGAUAAUUUUGAUGAGGAGUUGUUUUAUGAAUUUCUUGAUGAUAUUAUGCCACCUGAAGUAUCGGAAGAUAUGUCUGCUUAUGGCAGAAUAAAAUAUGAUGAUUUUUAUAAUAAAUCUGUUGAUGUUGUGAUGUCACAACGAACUGAAUCUCGAAGAAGGAAGAGAGAAGUUAUUGCACCAAAGUAUGAUGAAAUCGUAAUUUUGGGACCCGGAAAUGUUGCCUGGUCACUUGAACAGUUGUCUGCCAUUUCUGAUGAAGAUUUUGCGAACUCUUUGGAAACUUUAGGAAGUGUUUCUAAAUGGAGUUAUGAGCAAAUGGACAAUUUGGUUUCGAGAAUGAAAGAACUUUAUGGAAAACCAUCUGAAUGGGAAAGUAAAGAAAUUGCUGAUGCUCAAUAUCUAAUCAAAGGGUUGUCAUACACAGAAAAAAGUGAGCUUCGUCCUUCUGAUAUUGAAACCUGCGCUUCACUUUCUCAAGUUGAUUUUACAAACGAUGAGAGAUCUCUACUCAUCGAUUCAUAUUUGAGAACCAAUGGACUCUCACUUCGAACAAUAUCUAGUAGUGAAUUAGUUGGGUUUGGCCGUUUAAUAUGUGGUUUAAGUUCCGAAAGGUUGAUCGAAAUACCUUCAGAUGUUCUGAGGUCUUCUACAAAGGACUUAGGUGCAAUAGAUUGUUUCAGUCAAACCCAAUUUGAUAUUAUCAAGCAAAUGUCAAUGUUAGGACAUGGUUCAACAGUACCCACUGCUCCUGAACUAGAUGAAAUGGGAACAGUAGCAGCUGGAUUAUCAAGUGGGGAUUUAUCUGCUUUACCAGUCGAAUCAAUUGCGUUUAUAACUCCGUCUGCUUUUCUUCUGAUGACACCCAGCAGAAUUAAGGAUGGAUUGAAUGAAACACAGAUAUUAGCUGCUGGAGCUGGAAAUAUUGCUGCACUUAUGACACCGAGAAUAUUUGAUCAAUUAUAUGCGCAACAGAGAAAUGCAUUGAGACUUGCAGUCUAUGGAGAAGAUGCUGAAUUGGAAGAUAUUCCCAUCACUGAAGAUUUGGAACAAGAGGAAGGAGUUCAGGAGAUUGAGAUAUUUGGUGAUGAUUCCGGUGAAGCAGACAUUAUUCAAGUUGAAAGUACAACUCAAUCAACUACGACAGCUCAUGCUUCAAUCAUAAACAUCAAUGAAAGUUUGCUUUUGAUGGCACUUUUUAUGUGUUUGGUUGUAUGAGUUUAAAUGUUUGGUUAUAUAUGUGUAGUGCUCUGGCAAUAAAAUAUAAUAAUUCUUUACA